AUGGCCUGGCUGUGGCUCCGUCUCUGCAUCUCCUUCCAGAUCCCAGGUUUCUAUGCAAAUCUCCUCAUAACCCAGACUCCGAAGCACAUUACAGCCCAAGCUGGCAAUGGAGCACAACUGCUGUGUGAGCUGCGGAGGGAGCAUGCAGGGGUGUACUGGUACCGCUGGAGCCAGGAGAAGCAAAACUUCGAGUUCUUGAUGUUUUCCAGCCCGAUGGGCAAAGCCACCUAUGGCACAAACAUGAGCCAGGAGAAGUUCAGUGCCCAUGGAGCAAGUGCCCACACCUACAGCCUGCACAUCAGUCACCUCCAUGCCUCGGACAAUGGGAUCUAUUACUGCUCCAUCUCCCAGUCCUCCCAGCUCAUCCUGGGCACUGGGACACGGCUCAGUGUGGUUGAUGCCCUUCCUCUGCCUCCAAAGACCACUCAAGCCCCGCUCUCCACAAAGGCUCUGCAGUGCGUGACCAAAAGCAAAGCUCCCAUCAGGAAAGGUGCCUGCAGCCCCCUGGUCUGGGUCCCACUGGCCACCACUGUCCUGGUCCUCCUGCUCAGCCUGAUCCCCAUUGCCCAUCGUUUCUACCGUAUGAAGCGGAGGCUGUGGCUUCGCAUCCACAGGCAGUAA